AUGAAAACUCUCGAGGACCGCAUUCAGGGAUAUCAACUCUCCAAGUUCGUGCUCGAAGACGUGCGGGGAGAUCCUCCAAGGUACGUGGAAGGGUUCCCAGUGAGCCUCGUUAACGCUUUUUGCCGGCUACGUCCUCUCAUUCCCGUGAGGAAUACGGGGGCGUUUGUUUGUCUUCAGUGUCAAGUCAAAGGGAAACGGUGCUCACGAAACGAUAACUAUUCAGCGGCCUGCGAGCGAUGCAGACGCCAUGGAGAUCAUUGUUUAGUCAAGGACUCUAAUAAUCCUGGUGCAGUGUGUUGGUUGUUUGCUAGGGGUCAAGAGACCGAUAACAUUGAACAGGUGGAAUUGGAAUGGUGGUUGGAGAGGGCGAAUAAGGGCGAGGCAGAGGGCAUCCAGGCCUUGCCAGUGUGGCCUGAGGUCGGUGAUAAUAACCCAAACAAUAAUCGUGGUCAAGAGGACAUGCCCCAAAAAUGGCAAGACUUCUUGAAAGGAUCUGCCAAAAGAAAAAUCAGUGCAUGGCAAAGCGAACAGGGGCAAUUUACAUGCAUUUAUUCGUGGUAG